AUGUCUAAAGCUGCACAGGAUAUUUACAAUGCUCAUAAAAAGCUUUAUCAAGAAUAUCUUCAGAGAAGAAUACCCAUUCAAGCACUUUUGGAUAACCUUAAAGAAGGUCUAUUUGAAUACGAUUUUAUGUAUGAUUCAGAGAAUUAUAUAACUCAUCUUUUUUUCUCUCACAACAAAUCUAUUGAGUUAACUCAGAAUAAAGAAGAUUAUGAAUAUGCACUUAUACAGAAAUCUCGCUUGUUUAAUAGAAUUGACAAAUCAAAAGUUAUUAUUACAGAUCAUGAACUAGCACUUGUUAAUGCACUUGAAAAAGUGUUUUCUGAAUCAAAAAAUUAUUUUUAUCAAUG